AGAGUGGUCUUUUGAACAAUGAAGUGGACGUCGAUAGUAUUGAUUCAAGCAGCACUCUGGAACUUGUGCAUGGCGGUAAGCGCCUUAGACAUUCCGGCACUGUGGGUAAACGAACACUAUACCAGAACAAUUGAUUUGAAGAAAAGCUAUGUUCGAGAAACGGUGUUGGUUGAGGCCAAAAACGUUGAUUCUUCUCCAAUUAGCGAAUAUUACUUCAGUUUACCUGAUGGAUUCGGAGGCAUGGGUAAUGUAUCGGUCUUGAGUGCCAUCUUGGAUGAACAAGUUCCACUUGAAUUCGACAAGUUGGAAAACAAUGUGUUCAAAUUGAAGUUACCAAUUCCUUUGGCGACAAACUCGAGAGUUAGCUUGAGAAUCCGUUAUGUGUACAUGGACGUGUUUUCGCCAAUCCCACGUCAAAUUGGAAUGGGUGACAUUCAGACGUUGUUAUUCAAAGUCAAUAAGUUCAACUACAGCCCUUACCCAACAGAUGACUUGACUGUUCUUGUGGAAGGUAUGAACAAGGCCAAAGAAAUGGACAUUCUCGACAAGCCUGACUCCGAAACCGCCGAGUUGGAUGUUCCUGAGAUCCCCACAGUUUCUGAAGAUGGCAGCUGGAGAUUGGGCCCCGUUGAUAAUGUCAAACCCUGGUCCUUGAAGCCGGUGGGGUUGUUAUAUGAUCACAACAAGCCGUUGGCUAAGGUGCACUUGUUAGAAAGAGGAAUCUGGUUGCCGUCGAGCGACAUCAACGAGUUCCAGAUCGAAGAGUACUACGAGGUGUACAAUGACGGAGCCGAGUUGAACUCUGGAUUCUCUAGAGUCGAGUGGAUCAAAGGUAAUUACGAAACCGCCAGAAACCAUUGGGCCUUAUCACACUUUGAAUUCCCCUCCACCAGUGCCUUAGAGUUCGACGAUUACUACUUCACCGACAAGGUUGGAAUGGUAACCACUCACAAGAAGAUCAAAAAUUUCUUGUUGUUUGAACCCAGAUUCCCAUUAUUUGGAGGCUGGAAGUACAACUUCACCUUUGGGUUCAACCAGAAGUUCGAUAACCACUUGAAGAAGUUGGACGACGAAACCUACAUCUUGAAGGUUCCUUUGCUCAACUCAGCGUUGGACUUGACAUAUUCCACCGUGAACCUCAACUUUUAUUUGCCUGAAAAUGCCGAAUUUGUGAAUGUGAGCUCUCCAAUUGCGUUCCAGUCCAUUGAAACGGACUUUGAAAAGUCGUACUUGGACGUCAGCGAUGGCCAUAAGAAGGUGACUGUGGUUUAUAAGAAUUUGUUUGAAGACGUGAGCAAAGUUGAUGUGUUGGUCAUGUAUAAGUAUACCAAGGCCAACUACUGGUGGAAGGUUUUCAAGAUCAGUGGGUUUGUGUUUAUAGGAUUGGUGAGUUAUUACUUGCUCCAAUUAGUUGACUUGAGUCUCUAACUGAAUAAACAUGCAUCCGUAUUUGUCUAUAGAAGUUCCUAAAAAUAAUUUGAGUCUUUGAUGUCGAUGACAUACUGACGUCUGAAAUAAAGCCUCUUCAUCACCACCACCACCAACAAAAUCACCAAGAACACCACAAGGAAGUUGUAGUUGGACGUGUCCCCAAUGUACUCAACCACCUCGGGGGUUUCAAGAACAGGAUUUUCCUCGGUCUGAACAAUUACCCCCGUAUCGUGAAUUGUAACCACCUCAAUGUUGGUGAUUUUCCAGUCCUUGAUGGGUUUCGACCUAUCAGCCUGUGCGGUGUUCAAGACCUGUAACACGUCGAAGCCACCGAUGAGCUGGCCAAAAACUACGUGGUGUCCGUUAAGCCAUUCACAUGCGUUUGCGGUGGUGAUGAAAAACUGGCCGCCGUUGGUGUUAGGACCAGCAUUGGCCAUGCUGAGGCGGCCAACCUUGUCGUGGUGAAUCUGGAAAGUCUCAUCAUCGAACUGGCCGCCGUAAAUGCUCUUACCGCCGGUUCCAUCACUUCUUUCAUAAUCACCACCCUGGACCAUAAAAUCCUCAAUGAUUCUAUGAAACUUGGAGUUCAAAUAGCCGUAACCAUAUGUCAUAUUGCUGAGACCGACGAAAUUAUUGACGGUUUUGGGGGCCACCGUACCGAAAAGCCCAAGCACCAACUUUCCUUGAGAAGAAGUUUCCAACUCGUUUGAGUCUGUGUUUGUGAAAAAGGAGGUGAUUUCAAACGAGACUUUGUGGGUGACGGGUGGAUCACCAUCUAAGUGUGACCGCUCGUCCAGCGAGAUGACCGUCACUGGGAGGGCUUGCACGCACACAAGCAAAAGAAAAGUCAAGAAAUUGAAUACGUGGAACAU